GUUGCUCUCUUUGUGCUCAACGACGCCAUGAAGGUGAGUCACACAGGUGGGAAUUUUACUUCCGCAAAGAAACAAGACGGGAGUUGAACCGCUCUGUGUCCAGAAAUGCUAUUGUCUUGAAGAAGGCGGAAGUGUUCGCCGAAACUGUCAACAAGCGAGUUUGUCUGUCUCUCUCUCUCGCCUACUGCCUGUUGCAUCUUGAUCAAAGAAAAGGUGAGAGUAAAAGCAAAACUGGCAAGGAAACAAUCAUCCACUGUCAAAGAUCACCAUGAGCUUCAGUGCAGAAAACAAAUGUGACCAGCUUAAACAUGAAUUAGAUGAGGCUUACAGUGAAGCAGGUUGUGUGGAUCUGGAUACAGCUGACAGUGUUGUAAAAAGGUUCUCCGGGACACUGAUUCCCCUCAUAAAGCCCAAGAGUUACAGUGUGAGAGUGUGUGGGCAGGAUGGCACAGUCUAUGCUGGGAACGACGAUCAGCUAGAAGCCUGGAAAGAUUUCUACCUACCAGAGAGAAUGGAAAUGGUGGUGAUUGGUGCGAUUGAUGAUUUCCCAUGUGACGCAUUUGACCUGCAGUUAGUCCUCUUGCUGUGUGAGGACGGGAAGAUCUAUGCCUAUGAAGAUGAAGAGCUGCACCUUGUAGCCAGAAGUGUAAAUGAGCUGUUUGAAACUGGUUUGACCUUUCCUGGAUUAGAAUGCUACAAGCUAGGGGAAUGUUUUGAGGACUAUACUGAGGAAGAAUACAGUGAAAUCAUGGAAUCUGAUGACAUGAAGAAAAUGAAAGAGGCACACGACAAGUACCGUGAAUCUUUAGAGACUGAACUCUGGGAAACUCUAAAGGAAUUCAAAAGAAGUCAGUGUGAGGAUGUGGUCCAACGAAGCAUGGUCCAGCCUCAGAACUCAGACACAAUGAAAGAACGUAAAGAGCUUGUGAUUCCCGCCGCUCUGUAUGGAAUGAAACUGAAUCUGACAUCCUUGAGGAAGAUGUGCCAUCUUGAUUUUACAAUGCAUUGCUAAUUUCAUAUGGAUGUUGCUGCAAGACAUCACUAUGAUGUUUCAAUGAGGGAGACAGAAUCCGGUGAACCUCACACAGAUUGGCCAGUUCCCAUGACAAAGAGAGAGAGAGAGACGCUUCCCACCUCACAGGAGCCCUCCACAACAGCCCCGAUCUAUAAUCUUCACCCAUUCACUCAACGAGGCCCAAGUGGUAAGCAUAAAAUUAGGUGCAUUUCAAUUGCGGGUAUGAAUUCAUUGUCACAAACUCAUCAUAGCAAAACCAGAAAUAUCAGACAGAUGUUGCUGCCAGUGACUGUGAAGAUGAUUACUUUUACUUUUGCAGUUUGUGGAUAGCGACGAUGACUGUUUCAUGUGACAUCAGGGACAAAUCAAAGUCCUCCACUUUUAUCUGUUGGCAAAUACGUUCCACAAGUGAGAGUCAGUGUUCCUAUGUUUCAAGUUACUCUUUACAGUGUCUUUAAACCGAAGCUAAGGCCUUCCCCGGUCACGUUUUCCCUCAGACAGCUGAGAGUAGAGUAGCUGCCUAGGUAGGCGAUCACAUUCCAUUCUUUCCACAUGGCCUAACCAUCUGAGAUUCAUUCGUGUUAGUAUAUCUUCCAUAGAUGGGAGACCUGCUCUCUCAAGGAUUUCCUUGUUGGAGCUCUUAUCCUUCCAGGAUAUAUGAAGCACUCAAAUGGCACACACGCGCGCACACAGCGAUAUUUCAGAUGUAUUGCAAGACUCACGCAAUGGUUAGAAAUCAGCAUUAUGUUAGAUUAAGUAGUAAAGAUUGAAUGCACGCCGUUAAUCUGCACCGUUUAUGGCACAGCUGAUGUAGGACAAAAAUCCGUUCAAAUGCCAAGAAAUGACGUUUUGUGCUCUGCGCAUGCGCGCGCAUACGCAGUGGGGCUUUGUAGGACGCAUUGACGUGUAGGACAGUUUAUCAGAACACCGGAUCCGGAUUAGCGCUGAACUGGGAGAUAAUAAAUCUCCGGAGUGGAAGUCCGGGGCAGAGCAUGACAGUUUUUAGUCCUGUUGGGUGACAUACCACCCUCCUCACCAGUAUACACUGGUGGGGGGGCCGGUUUAGACGCCGACCACCCGUCCAUGUGGCAGGUUGUACUGGGUUACCAGUAGCAAGGUCCACCAGGGCCCUGACCUGACACUAAGACAAUACCGGCAAUGUUUAAUAGGCUAUGUCGGCAAUUUAACAUUUUGAGUCCCAGAGACUCCAUAUAAUGAUGCGUAGGCCUACCCAGAAAAUAUCAGGGGUUUGGGUUAAGUGUCAAAGAAGCAUUCUCAGUGAGUUAUGGAAACAUUGUGUGUUAUCCACAACUUUCCCGAACUCUGACCUUUCCCAUGAUUUGUUGCUGCGUCAUAGCGAAGCCAGUCUCUUUCUUCUACUCCACUCAGUGAGCUUUGAAACCUGGAGAGCUCAUAGCCUAUUCCCCACUGUUGAGAUGAGUGUAGUCAUCUGGCCGCUAUCUUACCACUCGCAUUGUGUGUAUUUGGCUUGUGUUAAACCAUCGUAUCUGAUCAAACUUCCCCCAAGAAACGUAUCUCCUGACUUUUUUCCCCCUUUCAUUACCUCCUCUUAUUUUCUCACCUUUACCUACAUGCCUUACAUAUCUUUAUCACGCUCCUCUUUGCUGUUAGUGUUUUUUUUCCCUUUUCCAGUUCAGUCUCUGAUUUUUUUUUUGAAUGGCUCUUUUACUACCAUAAUUAUUUUUAUGGCGAUUAUUUCAGUUUUUCUCUUAUGCAGUAUAUCUUUCUCUUUCAUAUAUUUCUCCCUUUGAUUUAUUUAUUUAUUUAACCAGCACAAAGACUGUACAAUUCUUUCUAUUUAGGACAGUUAUUGAAACAGGAUUAUUUUCUCAUGUUACUUGCCAUUUUCACUUCAUUCUCACAGUCAUGUCUUAACAGUAUUUAUUGGUCACAUGAGGGCGGCACGAAUGUGUAGUGGUUAGCACUGUCGCCUCACAGCAAGACCUGCUUUUAAGGGAUUAAAGAUUUUAAAGUGUUUUUUAAAAUUGUGUAUACUUUUAGUAUUUUGUAUUUGCAAUUAUCUGUACAUACACGACCCCACCACCUGUGCUGAUCAACUUUAUUUAAAUACAAUAAGUUAUUCAUUCAUUCAUUCAUUCAUUCAUUCAUUAUGACCUGGAAAAUUAUCCAGCCGUUGAGUUCCCCGACAUCUCACACUACCUGGUGCUGCAGCCAUCAUUCUACACAGACAAACAGAUGAAAACCUGGAAGAGCAUGGAGGAGAACACCUUUUUAUAUGUGGCUGGGUUAAAGAUCUAGGGAUCAGGACACUACAAGAUAAAUCCUGUGUCGUUUUUGGCUGGGUAAAUAAGAGUUUCUGGGCUUUUUGUCUGUGUCUUUGACAUGAUUGCUAGGACACUACAAGUUUUAGUAUCAGGUGUAAGCAAACCACAGCCGCUCAAUUCCCAAUCCUCCCUGCUCUUCUCUUCCAGCAAGCAUCACAGAUCCAUAUAAUUUACCCACAAAUGUAUUUAUUUAUUCUGCCUACUGUGCUGUGUGUGCACAUGCACACACAUGGGUUAAAUGCAGAGGAGGAAUGUGACAAAAAUAAAGGCUUGUUGUUCUUAAUUUA